GAAUAUCAGUAAGAAGUUGUCAGCGCCGUCUGUCUUGUUAUCUUAGAGAAAAUAUUUUUUAACUUGUUUGUUAUGUUCUUCAACUUCUAUACAAUCUACGCUGAACAUAUGCUGCGAUUACACAACUACUAUUCAUCCAAUUGAGAAAUGUAACAGAAAACAUGCAAUUAGAUGUGCAAAAGAACUAGAAAGAUUAUCUGAAUACAACCCCUGUGGAUGUUAACUAUCAUUAACAUAUGAUUUGAAACUUGAAAGCAAUGAAAGUUUUCUGGACUAUGGCAGAAAACAAAAACCCUGUUGGCUGGUUCAGUAGGUGGAGUGUGGUUGGAAAGUUCUGUCUUCUCCUAAUAUGUCUCCUCUUUAUUUGUGAGGUCUUGAUUUAUUAUAUUGUACUGCUGCAAUGCUCGUGGCCAACUUUAGAUCCACUUUCCACAGACAGUGGAAUCCCACCUGGCCAGAGUCAUACGCCUCUCCGAGUCAUGCUUUUAGCAGACACCCAUUUACUAGGUUCCAAAAAUGGACACUGGUUUGAUAAACUUCGAAGGGAGUGGCAGAUGUAUCGUGCUUUUCAAACAGCAUUAACAAUAUUUAGUCCACAUUUUAUUUUUGUAGGUGAUGUUUUCGAUGAAGGCCUCUGGUGCAGUGACAAGGAGUUUACUUACUAUGUCAAUAGAUACAACAGUUUAUUUUAUACUUCUGAGAAAACCAGAAGAUUCGUUGUUGUUGGAAAUCAUGAUAUUGGGUUUCACUACAGUGUUUCAAAACAUCACAAGGAAAGGUUUGAACGGGCAUUCAAUGUUUCUUCCGUUCACUUUGUUGUUAUCCAAGGAAACAUUUUUAUCAUGCUGAACAGCAUGACCAUGGAGGGUGAUGGUUGCAGUCUUUGCCAAGAAGCCGAGGACCAGCUACGGGGAGUAGCACACUUUCUUCGCUGUACAAAGAUUAUAAAACUUCUCAACCCAAGAGUCAUGUUCAGUGGUCAUACUCAUCACGGUUGUUUUUCUCAGCAUUGGGAAGGGAUUCCAGAGUGGACACUUCCAUCAUUUAGUUGGAGAAAUAAAAAAAAUCCUAGUUUCAUGCUGGGUAUAUUUACACCAAACAACUACAGUCUUAGGAAAUGUUACAUGCCAGUCGAGAACACUGUAUUUAUGCUAUAUUUUGUUGGGGGUAGUUUAAUUGUAGUAUGGUUAAUAAUGAAAGUAAGAAGGCAGUGGUUUUGUUUCUUACAUACAAGAACUCUGAAGGAAAAAAGAUAAUCCAAGCAUAUUGAGUAAUUUAAAACAUAUUUUUGUACUUAGAGACCCAACAAAUUAGCAGUAGAGAAAGGCCCUUUUCACAUAGUCUGAGCUUCAAAUGUGCUUUAUAGAGAAAUAUAAAAUUCACUUUUCAACUCUGGUAUGAUCAUUGUAUCUUAGUCUUUUUAAGCUUAUAGUAUAAGUGAAAAGCUAGGAGUUAUGGGGAACUUAUUUUUACUGUAUUGGAAGAAAUUUGUUUUUUAAUUUAAAAAUAUUUCUGAAGAUUUUGUUUAACAUUAUAGUUUAUUCAGUCAUUUUGUAGUUUUAUACAGGCUUUCUACAGUAGAAUAGAAUUAUCGGCAUGUGUUCAUCUAAUCAUUGUAAGUAGUAGAAAAGCUUAGGCCUAAAAAAAAAUCUGGUUCCAAGUCCUCGCCCAAUUCUUUUUUUUUUACCUUCGAUUAUAAAUUUGUUGGGCAAAGCUUAGCCGAGCAGUCAGCAUGGCAGACAGUGGAUCUGAGCUUCAGUGUUUUACACCAUGUUGCCAAAAAAUAAAAAAAAAAUGUGUUGUGCACUUUGGGGCCAUGGGUUCAUUAUAAAAGUGAUGAUCAAAUCCCACUAUAUGAUUGUUGGUGGUGGGUUGUGUUGUUCAUCUUCCUCCCCACUAACUUCCCUUGAGUAGUUUUACACAAAAUUUAUUUAAGUAUUUUUGUUUUCCUGUGGGGCAAAACAAUUAUUUUACUCCUCAGUUUAGAAACAUCCAACUAGGAAAAGGGAAAACCCCCACUUACCCAUCUCUCUAUCGUAUUUUUUGGGGAAUGGGAAACGAGAACCACAAUUUUUUAAAGGCCUUGCUAUAUAUUAAAAUAAAAAUUUUGAAAUUAAACACACCUUUGUUGCUGUUUUUUCACCUUCAUAAGCUAAUAAAACAGUUGGUUCAAGAGCUUUCAUAUUAAAAAGCUUAUUUUUUUCAUUGUUUGAACUUAAAGCAUUGUAUUUCAUUUAUCCAUUGUUGUCUGUGGAAGUAUUGUUAGAAAUACAGUGGUAGCCUUUGUGUAGAAGAUACUGAAAAACAUGUCGCCGCUUAUAGGAAAAUAUUUUUAACGUACUUUAUAUGGAAGAAAGUAAAGAAGACAGAAGAAUUCUUCCGUUGCUAGAAGAUUGUACUGUGUUUGAAAAUAAACUGUAAAAAGGAAAGUCAACACACCAUUUUAAUAGAUAAUUGGUUUUAUUUUGAAGAAGAGUGAAAAAUAAGUUACUCAAUGGUUUGUAUUUUCUAGUUAUCCUCUUCUGCAAGGUGUCUUGCUUUCAGAUUUGUGAUGGUCACUCAGACACGACCUUAUUCAUAUCGAAAAUUAAACUUUGCGAUUGUUUUUUGUUUGUCUUUUAAUAUUUUCAGGUAGGUGGACGUAAUGCUAGUGUUAAUGAAAAUAAUAUAUAUAUAUUUGUAUGUAUAUAUGAUUUAGGUAAUAUAUAUUCAGAUCUUCGAUGUGUUAGUAAUAGUGAAUCGCAUACAUCUUGUAAAUUAUGAUUUAUCUGGUAUUAACUGGACAUAGAAAGAUAAAUGUUUUCACUCAUGAGUCGUAUGAUUUGUUUGAUAUAAGAUUAUUUUGCUUUCAGUAUUGAAUAACAUGGAGUUGUUUGAGUUUACAACUGUUUAGAUGUUGUCUCAGUUCUUUUCAUAAUGAUUAAAAACAAAUGUUCAUGUGAUAAAAAAAUGUACGCACAAAAUACUUUUAUUAUAAGCUUGCUUCAGUGAUAUAUUACAGAAUGAUACAAGCCCUAGUGGUGUAUAUAAAAAAAUAAAAGUGUCACAUCAUGGGGGCGACAUUAGAUCAGUCAAUGUUAUUAUAAUUUAUUGGAAACUACUUACACUCAGUGGUAAAAUAAAAAGGGGAUAAAAUUCAUAGAAUAUUCACAGAACCAGAGAUUAUAUCAGUAGUAGCAAGCUCGGAUAAGAGCCACUUUAUUUCCACUAAACUAAUUAUUCUAAGUUUAUCUCCUAUCUACGUUUAAUAAAAAAAAAUACACCGGUUGUUCGAAAGCCAUAAUUAGAAGAUAGAGAACGGUUAGCCAUUGCUGAUAUGUAAAUUCUGCAGUGCGAAGUUGUUCUUUAGACUACAUUGCGUAUAUCUUCAAUCAAUGACGAUAAAGAUGCAUCGAAACUUACUCACUGGGCAAUAUCAACAACUUCUAAGUACUUUAGUUACCCCAAUACAAGUUCAGUCUGAUGCACAAGAUUUAAGUGGUGUAGUGAAGGUAGAACUUGCAGGUUAUUUUAAAGUAGAUCAUAUAUAUAUAUAUAUAAUGUAAAUCUGUAUGUAGUCCAGAAAUAUUAACACCUCAAAUAUACGUUCCAAGAUGAAAAACCAAUUUUUCUAGUACUAAAUUGAUUCAAGUCUCCCUCUUAAGUUAUAUUUUCCUUUUAUUAAGUGUAAACGUAGUUCCUUAACUUUGUUUUAAAAGGGUCUAAAAUAUCAAGUAGAGGGUUCUGUAUGCUCUGUUUGAAAAAAUAAAUUGCCAAAUACUUGA